AUGCAAAUUUUCGUCAAAACAUUGACCGGUAAGACCAUCACCUUAGAGGUUGAGUCAUCAGACACUAUUGACAACGUCAAAUCCAAGAUCCAAGACAAAGAAGGUAUUCCACCAGAUCAACAAAGAUUGAUUUUUGCUGGUAAACAAUUGGAAGAUGGUAGAACUUUGUCCGACUACAACAUUCAAAAAGAAUCCACAUUGCACUUGGUGUUGAGAUUGAGAGGUGGUAUGCAAAUUUUCGUCAAAACAUUGACCGGUAAGACCAUCACCUUAGAGGUUGAAUCAUCAGACACUAUUGACAAUGUCAAAUCCAAGAUCCAAGACAAAGAAGGUAUUCCACCAGAUCAACAAAGAUUGAUUUUUGCUGGUAAACAAUUGGAAGAUGGUAGAACUUUGUCCGACUACAACAUUCAAAAAGAAUCCACAUUGCACUUGGUGUUGAGAUUGAGAGGUGGUAUGCAAAUUUUCGUCAAAACAUUGACUGGUAAGACCAUCACCUUAGAGGUUGAAUCAUCAGACACUAUUGACAAUGUCAAAUCCAAGAUCCAAGACAAAGAAGGUAUUCCACCAGAUCAACAAAGAUUGAUUUUUGCUGGUAAACAAUUGGAAGAUGGUAGAACUUUGUCCGACUACAACAUUCAAAAAGAAUCCACAUUACACUUGGUGUUGAGAUUGAGAGGUGGUUUUUAA